AUGUUUGACAGUUUGGGUUCACUGAUGUUCGGCCAUUCGUCAUCUCAACAAUUUCGACUGCAACUGCGCUGCUUUUCAGCUCCUUUUUUCGAACGAGCUGAUUCUAAGAAGAUUAAUGAUGUAAAUCAUGGAGGAAAGAUUCUAUUACCGCCGUCAGCACUCGAUUUACUCGUUCGAUAUAAUAUUAGUUAUCCAAUGAUGUUCAAAUUAACGAAUGUGAAAAAUCCUGAACAUGAAACACAUUGUGGAGUUCUGGAAUUUCUGGCGGAAGAAGGUCGCUGCUAUUUGCCAUCUUGGAUUAUGAGACAACUACAGUUGAAAGAAGGAGAUUGCGUUAUAGUAAAGUACGUCUCACUUCCGCAAGCAUCUUAUGCAAAGUUUAAACCGCAGUCGACUGAUUUUCUGUCAAUUUCCAAUCCUCGAGCUGUUCUUGAGGUUGAAUUGCGGAAAUUUGCUUGUCUUACGAAAGGCGAUAUUAUUGCUGUUAAUUAUAACGAGCAGCUGCUAGAAUUUCUGGUUCUUGAUGUGCGACCAGGUAAUGCAGUUAAUAUUAUUGAAUGUGAUAUGAAUGUUGAAUUCGAUGCGCCUGAGGGAUACGUCGAAGAAAAUUCGAUUUCUUCAUCAAAUAAAAAUUUAAACAACGUUUUACAAAAUGAUUGUGGCAUUGCGAUUCAAAAUAAUACGGGUUCAUUUGCAUUUCCGGGAAAUGGUUAUCGACUUGACGGCAAAACAAAAUCGUCACAGAAUUCUUCAUUCGCAGAUCUCGAGUCAAUGGAAAAUAGUUUGCCUCCAUUAAUCGUUGAAACUGAAUACAAACCCGGAAAAUUAACUUUCAUGAGGUCGUUGUCGAAUUUUUACGAAUAA